CGUUGCCAUUUUGUUCUGUUCAUUCACGGGGUGAGACGGCUCGUGGGUUGCGCAACCUGCUCUUCCAGCUUUUGCAAGUCGCACGCCCUUCGGCUUUAACAGUGCGGUUACCUCGCCGUUUAUUUUUUCCUGACCGGUUUUUACCACCUUCUAGGUUUUUUUUUUUCGCGCCGCUGAUACCCACGUGACUAGCUAUGGCCUCCGUCGCUAACCCAGCCAAUGAAACCGAUAAAAACGAUUCAAUAUUAGCCGAUGAGGCCGACAGUAACCCCGAUGAAUCCGCGCUUGGCGAUGAGGUAGAAGAGGAAGAUAACGAGGAGGAUGACGGAGAGGAGGAAAACGAAGACUCCGAGGCGGUUGAGGCCGUCAAGGUUGGAAACACGUACUCGUGCAAGCGGUCUGACGGCACCCUGCAUGAUGCUGAGAUUGUAAAGACCAGAAUGAACAAGCAAGCUGGAAGGGAGGAGUAUUAUGUGCAUUACGUUGGCUUGAAUCGUCGCCAAAAUGAGUGGGUGGACAAAACUCGAUUGGUGUUGUCCAAACUAGUGAAAGAAGAGGCAAACGACACCAAUGGGAAUGACCAGGAGAUGACGGAUAUCACAGAGCAGACAGGAUCCAGGACCCCACAGAAAAGAAAAGUCGAGGAAUCCGAAACAGAAACGAAGAAAUUAAAGGUUGGUGUUUUUGCUGAAGAAAUGACCUGCCUUGUGUGUCUUGAUCUUUUCAAAGAUCCUGUAAUGGUGGAGUGUGGUCAUAACUUCUGCCGAAAUUGCAUCGACAAGGCCUGGCAGGGCAAGGAUUCAUUCACAUGUCCAGACUGUAAUGAAACUCUCUCUGAGAACAAAUACACCACCAACCGGGCCCUAGCAAACUUGGUUAAAAAGGCUGCCAGUCCCAGUGCCUCUACUACUCCAAUAGGGAAGGCACGUUCAAUGGAGAACUGCCCUGUCCAUGAUGAGAGACUGAAGCUGUACUGCAAAGAUGAUGGUAUCCUUGGCUGUGUCAUUUGUCGUGAUUCUCUUAAACAUGUCAACCAUAACUUCCUGCCCAUAUUUGAUGCAGUGGGUGUAUACAGGGAAGAGCUUACAGCUAUUGUAUCCCCAAUGGAAGCUUCUCUAAAAGUGAUUGAGCAGCUAACUAGCCAACAGAAUGAAAAGAUAGAUCAGCACAAGACCAAUGUGUUGGAGUAUAAGCGGCACGUAGUAUCAGAGAUUGAAAAGAUACACAAGUUCCUGAAGCUUCGUGAGGAGAAGCUGUUAGAGCAGCUGAAGGAACAGGGAGAUAGUUUGCUGAAGGAAAUGGAGCAGAACUUGGUCAAGAUGCAGGAAAAACGAGACAACAUUAAGCAGACAAUCUCUGUGGCUGAGGACCGAGUGAAUGACAAGGACGCCAUCUCCUUCCUUACAGACAUAAAGUCUUUUAUUGACAAGUGUCAGGAGCAGCAGAAUGAGGUUAUAUCUUCUGGUAAUACCUUGCUUUCCAAGGACCUGUGUCAGGGAACAUUUAAAGGACCCAUCCAAUACAUUUUAUGGAAGGAGAUGAAAUCUCUUAUUGUCCCGUACCUGUCUCCAAUGAUGCUAGAUCCAAGCACUGCUCACCCUAACUUGCUUCUGUCUGAUGGGCUGACCAGUGUUAAGUACGGAGAUGCCAAGCUCCCGCUCCCUGACAACCCAAAACGUUUCAGCCAGUGUAUUCUUGUUCUGGGUUCUAAAGGCUUUGAUUCAGGGCGUCACUACUGGGAAGUGGAAGUCGGCGACAAGACUGCCUGGGAUGUUGGCAUGGCCAGCGAAUCUAGUAAUCGCAAGGGAAAGAUCAAGCUCAACCCCAAGAAUGGCUACUGGGCAAUCUGGCUAAGGAAUGGCAAUGCCUACAAGGCCCUGGAAUCUCCAUCAAAGUCUCUGGAGUUGGCCACAAAGCCCAAGAGAAUUGGUGUUUAUGUAGAUUAUGAGGGAGGUCAGAUCUCAUUCUACAACGCAGAUAACAUGACCUCCAUUUACACUUUCAAUGCCACCUUUACAGAGAAGCUUUAUCCAUACCUCUCCCCAUUCUUGCAUGAUUCUGGGAGAAAUGUGGAUCCCCUGCGUCUUGUCCACAACUAAUGUUGGGCAGCCAUUGAUUUAAAAUCUAUUUCAGUGAUAUUUCUCCCCUGUCUCAUGCUUCAGUCUUUCAGCUCUGCCCUAAUUGCAGAUAAUUGUAGUUGUGAAACUUCUUUGAUGCUAAACAUUUCCUGUGUAGUCAAACUUGAAUUUUUAAAAUGUGGACUGGAAAGAUGUGAGGCUGUUGGUAAACCAUGCAUUUCAGUUAUUGAAUUCUGCUUGGACUUUUCAAAUCAGAUGGCUCUCUUGCUUGCAUAGUAAAUUAAGUUACUGCCACCAUUCUAAUAGUUUAAGCAGACUAUUCUCUAUUAAAAUAUAUAGUGACAACCAAUGCAUAUAUAUUACACACUUUGUAAUUGUCCUCUAGCAUCAUGUUUUUCAAAGGUAAUAGUGUUCGGAGUAUUUGUUUUUAAAUUUUGAAAUAAAGUUUCUGAAAAUAUAA